AUGGCUUUGACGACUUUACCCCUCGAGGUCCUCCAUACGAUCUGCGAAUGCCUCGACAGCCACCGUGAAGUGGCCAGGUUCCGCCUUGUCUGCCGGGCAUUCGGCGACAUUGGCCUCAAAUUCCUGAUCCCCUUGGUGACUGUCGCGCCCACAGCCGAGAGCAUCGCCCGGCUACGCGCCAUUUCGUUGCAUCCUGUUCUCAGACACUACGUAUACGGCGUCUCGUUUCUGAUAAACGUGUUUUGGCCAGACGGCAAGUACGGCGACUGGUGGCCCCGGGUGCCCACAGUGUGCGACUUGCAAGGUACCGAGGGCCUAUAUUAUUAUAAAAAAAUGCUCUCUGGACAGAAGAACGCUUUCAGGGCACUGGGGCCGGGACAAGACGUGGAGAAUGCUUGCCGCCGCUUCCCCAACCUGGAUCUUCUGGAUAUAACAGAAGCGGAAAAUGGAGGUUACCUUCAUAAAAAUCAGACAUACAAAUCACUCCGCGAAUGGCUCCCUAAAUAUAAUCCACGUGAAGGCCAGCCCUUUUACCCUUUUAAUGCAGCGUGUUCUUACACCGGUCUCCCUGGCGUCAAACCAUUGAAGACAUUCUUGCGUGUCAUGACCAGCUCUAAAGUCCGAAAGCUAGAAAUCCAGGUGGUGGACGUUGGGUUCUUCGAUGGUUAUGAAACCAGGGAUGUAUCUCGCAUGAGGGAGGGCCUUUGUCACCUCCGCGACCUCGUUUUGUGCCUCUGCGUCAACGAAACCGUUUGGUGGGAGUCGGUGCCGGUGGCCAAACGGAUUCUGUCUAAUAACCGGUUGAGAGAUUUUCUGUGCUCCGCACCGCAUCUUGAGAAGAUUGAAAUCUCAUCAAAUUACGCCCACAAAAGCACCCUCAAGAUUCUUACUUUGACGAAUUGUAUGCUCGCCAAUGACCCGGAUCAGGGUUCGGAAGCGCCACGCAGCCGCUGGUCGGAUGUCUUCGUCCCGCUCGUCAUCUCCGACCUUCUGGAUUCGCUCGCUCUUUGGGGCAUCUUUAGUAUAUCCAAAUUAGGUGACCAAGACGCCGACUCAGACGCCGACUCAGAUGAGGAAGCUGCUUACGAAGAUGCUUACAUUGACAUGCAAGGCGUGCUCCAGGACAUUAAGCUCACCGUCGCCCAAGCGGUGGCGAUAGUGAUAUGCUCAAGGGAGUUUGAUUCUUUCCUGCGGGGCGAGCUUGCAGGCCGCGGGGAUCUGGAAGCAGAAGCCGUCAAGAAAGCCCUGGUCGAAGAUUUGACAGGCGAGCCCCAAGUGGAAUCAAGUUGGGAGAAGAGUAAGAAACAUGUCAAGAGAUAUUCGAACUAUUUGAAGUCCUUUGCUAUGCACAGGGAUAUUCCCAAUUGGGGGGCUUGGUGGCGGCGGGCAGACGGCCUUCCGUUCUACUAG